AUGAACAUUUCAUCGAUGCUAUCGAAUGAUAGUAUAACUCCGUCGUCUGAAGAUAGAUUGGGGAACAAAAAUAGCGAAGUGGCAAGGGACAGCAGAAACAUUAAUACAACACAAGGCAUGUUGAAUCAUCGUGUUGUCGAUGAUGAGCAUAAUGAGACCGUCAGAUCAGAUAGCACCAAAGACAUCAUCCGAAGCAUUUUACCCAAGAGUUUGCUGGUGUCAAAUAUAUCGUCGGAUGAUGAAGAUAAUAGCAUUGGAUACCACACCAAGUAUCUUUCAGCGUUUGAGAACAGAAUAAAUAGGAUCAAUAGGCUAGAUAGAGAUUUGGUUACGGCUGGAAAUGUCAAGAUCUUGAGAUUUGAAGAAGAUCAACUUCGUAACUGGAUUUCUAAAACUGAUGAGUUGGCGGACAACUACCUCGAUAGGGUAGUCGCUGAAGAUAUGUCUACCAAUAAUGGUAUCUUGGAUGGAGAAUCAUCGAACGACCGUGACUUUAGAUGGGGCUUUACAAGAGACAAGAAAGAGGACGAAGAGAAUAAUGGCUCCACAAAAUAUUCGAAAAAGAAAGGUAUCAAAUCAAAAACAAAGAAUGAAGAAGACAAUCUAAGUGCUUUGAAGAAAAAUAAGGGAAGAGGAAAGAGAGGAAGUGAAUAUACAGAUGAGCCUCUUUUAAAGAAACCGAAGAGAAAGGCGUCGGCUGAUGCCGCAGCUGCUAUCAAUGCAAGUAAGGAAGUCACAGUUAAUGGCAAAGCGAAGCCCAAACCAGGUCAGAAGAAUGAAACAACUGAUGCAUCGAAAGAACAGAAGGUCAUUGCAAAGCAGUAUGAAAACACAUUUAUUUCUAUUUGGAAAGACUUGUCUAGAAAAGAUGGCCCUAAGGUGAGUAGGUUAUUGCAGCAGUCGGGCCAAGCCAAAUUGAUCAACUUGAAGAAAACUGCUAUUUUGGCUGCAAGAGAAGCAAAACGAUGGCAAUUGAAAAACAACAAGAAUCAUAAAGAUUUGACUACUAAGGCCAGAAGAGCCAUGAGAGAAAUGUUUAACUUCUGGAAACGUAAUGAGAGAAUUGAAAGAGAAAUGAGAAGAAAGCAUGAAAAGGAUCUACUCGAUAAAGCUAAGAAAGAAGAGGAAGAGAGAGAAGCAAAAAGACAAUCUAGGAAGUUGAAUUUCUUAAUCACGCAGACAGAAUUAUAUUCUCAUUUCAUCGGUAAGAAGAUAAAGACAGAUGAAUUUGAGGGUAAUGAUGCAGAUCCUAAUGUAAAUUUCAAGUCUCAAAACAAUAAUGUGAGUGCCAUCUCAAGUUUAAGUGGGGGCAAAAAGACGGACUUCAGCAAUAUUGAUUUCGAUAACGAGGACGAAGAAUCAUUAAACAAGGCAGCAGCAGCAAACGCUCAAAUGGCAUUAGAAGCUGCUCAGUCCAAAGCAAAAUCAUUUGAUCAAGGCCCAUCAACUAAUCAGGAUUCUAAUGGUGAUGAAAUGAAUUUCCAGAAUCCUACUCUUAUGGGCGAUAUCACUAUAAAGCAGCCGAGCAUCUUGAAAUGCUCUUUGAAGGAGUACCAAAUAAAAGGAUUAAACUGGCUUGCAAAUCUCUAUGAACAAGGCAUCAACGGUAUUUUGGCCGAUGAAAUGGGUUUGGGAAAAACAGUACAAAGUAUCUCUGUCUUGGCUUACCUAGCAGAAACACAUAAUAUUUGGGGUCCGUUUUUGGUUGUCACACCAGCUUCAACAUUGCACAAUUGGCAGCAAGAAAUUAGCAAGUUUGUACCAGACUUUAAGGUAUUACCUUAUUGGGGUAAUGCGAAAGAUCGUAAGAUAUUGAGAAAAUUUUGGGAUCGUAAAAGUGUUAGGUAUGGAAAGGAUGCGCCUUUCCAUGUUCUAGUCACUUCUUACCAAUUAGUUGUUGCUGACGCCGCUUAUUUUCAAAAAAUGAGAUGGCAGUAUAUGAUACUAGACGAGGCACAGGCAAUAAAAUCGUCUCAGUCGUCGAGGUGGAAAUCAUUACUAUCAUUUUCAUGUCGUAACAGAUUAUUAUUAACGGGAACGCCUAUUCAGAACUCUAUGCAAGAGUUGUGGGCUUUGCUUCAUUUUAUCAUGCCUUCGUUAUUUGAUUCUCAUGAUGAAUUUAGUGAUUGGUUUUCGAAGGAUAUUGAAAGUCAUGCACAGUCGAAUACGCAACUUAACGAGCAGCAACUUAAAAGACUUCAUGUGAUAUUAAAGCCAUUCAUGUUAAGGCGUAUCAAAAAGAAUGUUCAAAGUGAGUUGGGUGACAAAGUCGAAAUUGACUUAUUCUGCAAUUUGACAAACAGGCAAAAGAAAUACUACCAAAUGUUGAAGUCACAAAUAUCCAUUAUGGAUUUAUUAGAUUCUUCGAGUAGCGGUGGAAGUGGUGAUGAUCAGUCAUUAAUGAAUCUUGUUAUGCAAUUCAGAAAAGUUUGCAAUCAUCCUGAGUUAUUUGAACGUGCUGACGUUAAAUCUAGCUUUUCAUUUAGUAAAUUUGCUGAGACUUCCUCUUUAUUAAGAGAAUCUAAUGAUUUAACUGCAUACUAUUCCACUCAGAAUUUGAUCGAAUACCGACUUCCACGAUUAGUUUAUGAAGAUCUUCUUCUCCCUAAUUUCAACAAUGAUGUUGGGUUCAGGAAUAAAAUUAGCAACAUGUUCAACAUUUAUGAUCCUUCCAACGUUAAUGAAAAUGAGGGUUUUGGCUGGCUAAGGUUUGUUGAUAAAUCCCCUCAGGAGCUCUAUGAAUUAACCAAGCUCAAUCUAUUGGAAAGAUCAAUUGCAGAUGAAGAGUACACCGAUAUAAAUUAUCAACGGAUUAAUAGAUUCAAAUAUUUGUAUGAAGGGUCAUUUAUACCGCAGAAUAAGAGACUCUUGAUCCUGGAGUUUGAGAAUGAUAAUGCUUAUGGUACGAAUUCAAUAUAUAUGAAGGAACUCAAAUCUGUUAAGAAUAAAGUCUAUGAAGAUAUGAAUAUUCCCGUGAUGAAACCAGCAGCAGAGCCUGUUGCUUCUGCGCCUCCUAUCGAGUUACGUUGUGACACAAUUUCCGUUGUCCAUAAAUUAAGCGAUGAGUUAUUUAAUAAAACUAUCAGAGAAAGUCUAAUGCCACUUGACCUCAAUUGGGAAUUGGAGUUGCUUGAAAAGAAAAUACCAAUAGAACACUAUCCAAAGUCCAACAUGCUCCCUGAAGCACUUAAUAAAUUCAUUGACUAUUCAAAUAUUCGAAUGCCAUCUAUGAACAGAUUUAUCACAGAAUCAGGAAAAUUAGCCAUGCUAGAUAAAUUACUCAGUGAUUUAAAGCAACAUGAUCACAGGGUUUUAAUUUAUUUUCAAAUGACAAAAAUGAUGGAUUUGAUGGAAGAGUACUUAACUUAUAGGCAACAUAAGUACAUCAGGCUCGAUGGUUCAUCUAAAUUAGAUGAUCGUAGAGAUUUGGUACAUGACUGGCAAACAAAACCUGAAAUCUUCGUUUUCCUCUUGUCUACUCGUGCAGGUGGCUUGGGAAUCAAUUUAACUGCCGCAGACACUGUGAUUUUUUACGACUCUGAUUGGAAUCCUACAAUUGACUCACAAGCUAUGGACAGAGCGCAUAGAUUGGGCCAAACUCGUCAAGUGACAGUAUAUAGGUUGUUAACUAAGGGAACAAUUGAAGAGCGUAUGAGAGAUAGAGCCAAACAAAAGGAACAAGUGCAGCAAGUUGUGAUGGAGGGUAAGGCCACUACGGUUGCCAAGAAGGACGAUAACAAGAAGAAGGAUGUUGCAUUUUUAUUAUUAGGGGAUGGUGACGAUACACCAGCAUCGCCGACCCCAGAAAUUGAGAAUUAA